CGGUUUCUGGAGCCCGGCGCUCUCGGCUUCCGGUGUCAUGGCGGCUUGAGGUCUCGGCAGUCGGCGAGGCGGCUGCAGGCCCCUCCCUGCGGAGCCGCUGGUCCGGCAGGCGGGGAUGUGACCGCGGGCCCUGCCGGCCUGCCCCGGGCGUCGCCUCAGCUCCCGUGCCAGCGCCCUCCGUCCGCACCGAUGGCGGGGUCCGGCUGCGCGUGGGGCGCGGAGCCGCCGCGGUUUCUGGAAGCCUUCGGGCGGCUGUGGCAGGUACAGAGCCGCCUGGGGAGCGGCUCCUCGGCCUCGGUGUAUCGGGUGCGCUGCUGCGGCACUCCCGGCUCGCCCCCCGGCGCCCUCAAGCAGUUCUUACCGCCGGGAACCACCGGCGCUGCGGCCUCGGCCGCCGAGUAUGGUUUCCGCAAAGAGAGGGCGGCGCUGGAGCAAUUGCAGGGUCACAGGAACAUCGUGACUUUGUAUGGAGUUUUUACAAUCCAUUUCUCUCCGAAUGUGCCAUCACGCUGUCUGUUGCUUGAACUCCUGGAUGUCAGUGUUUCGGAAUUGCUUUUAUAUUCCAGUCAUCAGGGUUGUUCUAUGUGGAUGAUACAGCAUUGUGCCAGGGAUGUUCUGGAGGCCCUUGCUUUUCUUCACCAUGAGGGUUAUGUCCAUGCAGACCUCAAACCACGGAACAUAUUGUGGAGUGCAGAGAAUGAAUGUUUUAAACUCAUUGACUUUGGACUUAGCUUCAAAGAAGGCAAUCAGGAUGUGAAGUAUAUUCAGACAGACGGGUACCGGGCUCCAGAAGCAGAGCUGCAGAAUUGCUUGGCCCAGGCCGGCCUGCAGAGUGACACGGAGUGCACCUCAGCCGUGGAUCUCUGGAGCCUAGGAAUCAUUUUACUGGAAAUGUUCUCAGGAAUGAAACUGAAACAUACGGUCAGAUCUCAGGAAUGGAAGGCAAACAGUUCUGCUAUUAUCGAUCACAUAUUUGCCAGUAAAGCCGUGGUGAAUGCCGCAAUUCCAGCCUAUCACCUAAGAGACCUUAUCAAAAGCAUGCUUCACGACGACCCAGGCAGAAGAAUCCCUGCUGAGAUGGCACUGUGCAGCCCCUUCUUUAGCAUUCCUUUCGCCCCUCAUAUUGAAGAUCUGGUGAUGCUUCCAACUCCAGUGCUAAGGCUACUGAAUGUGCUGGAUGAUGAUUAUCUCGAGAAUGAAGAGGAGUAUGAAGAUGUUGUAGAAGAUGUAAAAGAGGAGUGUCAAAAAUAUGGACCAGUGGUCUCUCUCCUUGUUCCAAAGGAAAAUCCUGGCAGGGGACAAGUCUUUGUGGAGUAUGCCAAUGCCGGUGAUUCCAAAGCUGCUCAGAAAUUACUGACUGGAAGGAUGUUUGAUGGGAAGUUUGUUGUGGCCACAUUCUACCCGCUGAGUGCCUACAAGAGGGGAUAUCUGUACCAAACUUUGCUUUAAUCAGUAACCUGAGGACUCUUUCCUGUUUCUCCUCCAUUUCCUGGGUUAUUGUAUUCUACAUCUGAAUGCAGAAGUACCCCCUUACCAGUUUAAGGGAACACUUUGUACAUUUAUUUAAUCCUACUAACGUGCUCAAGCAAUGACUGCCUUGCAAACAUUUGGCGCUGAGUAGGACAAGACCUCUCAGCUAUACAUUGAGGGGUUUUAGAGCAUCCAUAUGGGCAACCUUUUGUUUUGUGCAGUAGGCCAAGUGCUGCUCUUCAGUAUGUAACCUAAAAAGAUACUAAUUAUUUCACAUGAUCAUGAAGCAAGGAUGAAUAAUAUCAUGUCAUAGUGAACAUUAACAAGUUUGUUAGAGUCGGUGACAUCACUUCCAGAUUAUUCCUUUAUGUUGUCAGGUGGUUCUUCCUUAUCACUGAUACUCAUAGCUGGCACUGGAUGUUCCCAGUAAUUGUUAAGUGAUUGUCCAGCAGCAAUUACCUACUGUGUUCUUAACACUGAGUUAUGAAUUUUUUUAAAGGAGUACUGUAGUCCUGAAUAUUCCUUUAAAGAAACUGCAGUGAGCCUAUCUACUUUUUUUUUUUUUUUUUAAUUAAGGCUUUUAAAAUAGCUGAUGCUUGAUCUUGCACAAUUUUUAUGUCUAGUUUGUAUGUUUGAGUGAGUGUGCGGGAGUGAAAGACUACAGGAGAUUUGAGUCGGCGUGCUUUCUAGUGUGAGUCUUGUGAGCUCAUACAGUCUGUACCUGUCUCUUUCCUAGCUGUUUCAUGUCUGUAAGACUUAGGAUAUAUGUUUUUUGAGAGUUGGUCUCAUAGAAUGUAAAUGAGAAAAUAGUUCAUUCCUGAGAGGCUCAGAACAAAUGAGUCUAGACUGGGUUAAACUGAAACUCUUAAAUUGGUUGGAACGAAGCAAAAGUUUUGCUACGCGUAUCUUGCCCCAUCCUCCAGGCUCCUUUAGAACCUGUAUUAGCUCAUCUUUUCUGUACUGAAUCUCCUGUGAUCAUUGUAAGAUUUCUCAAGAUCGAGUUCUGUUUACUAUGAUGGAAAUUGAAGUGGGUCAAAAAGAAAGAAUUAGAUGUUCAGUGAAGGGAAAGGGAAAGAAAAAAACUAGGCAAAGAGAAAGUGGAUAAUCCGGGAUUCUUGUUUUCCUUCCUCUCUUUCUCUGCCAUCGUCCUCCCUCUACUACUUUGCCUUUUCCCCAUUCUUUGCCUGCCUUCGUGGUCGAAGGAAAGCCAGAGGGGUGGCAUCCCAGACCGUCUGGCUUCUGACUGCAGGGAAGUUAGGAAAAAAGUGUAGCUCUCAUAAGAUGGAGGGAGAAAGGAAGAAAAACUCAUCAAGAAUUCAUGAAAGGAUUUACAGCAAUCCAUUGUGUCCCUGAGCACAGGAUGCUCGUGUGCACGCUUUCGUGGACAUGGGUUGAUUACGUGGUUUUAGGAGUGGUAAUCAUGGAUUCCUCCCACGUUAUGGUAGGUUGACUUUAAAGGUUUAAAACUUGGGAAACCUUUUUAAAGCACUGAUUAUACAAAAAAAAAAAAAAAAAAAAAAAGGGGGAUACAGGCUAUGAAUUUUUUUCUUGUUUCCUUAUCUAAAUGAAAUUAAAAAUGUUUUUUCCUAAGGAAAAAGCCUUUAGUAGCUUUCCCUGCUGGGAGCCGCUUCGUACAGUGUGUGUGUGUGAACGAGAGCCCAGCUAAGAAUUUACAUUUUAGAGGAAGGAUUCUUUUACCCUAUUCAAACACUUGCUAUUUGACAUUUGAGUUAUUUACAGUUAUCAUAAUUAUUCAGGACUCUCCCUUAAUGUUUAUUACGAAGCCGAAUUUGGUAUAAAGAGGCGGAUUUAUGAAUUGCCUGAAGGCCUUGUGGCAUCGUCCCCGAGGGAAGAUUAAAUCGUAAGUGCCCUUAGAAGGAAGAUGUGUUGUUUUUCAUUCUGGCCGUCUCAGAAAUUGAUUAGCUGGUUUGUUUUCAAAUACAAGUUCAAGAGAGUAUAA